GCUUUGCAUAGUAGAUCUACUGCUUGCUGUCGUAAGAUGAUUUGUGUAAUCGACCGUACAGUAUGAAAUCUUGACGCCAAAUUCAUUUCCAAAAUCUGUCAAUUCGGUGUUUCCACUCCUAAUUUCAACUGCCGCCGUGAACAUCAUAAGUCCUUGUCUCCAGAGCAUAAGUCAAAUGAAAGCCGAAGGCUCAACUUCAAAUAUUCAAAACGCUCUCUCAAUUGCACUCGUUUCUGUCAGUGCUUUCACUCUAUCAAAUGACAGCAGAUGGACAAUUGAAGCUACGACAUUCCGGGGUCAGACUUUUAACGGGCUCAAAACACUCAAUCGAACGGAGCUUCGAAUAUGAAUCUUCAUCGAAGUAUAAAGUCUAUCUCGCCACCAUGUUGUUC